CGGGGAAAUCCAAUGGCGGAGUUUGAUUUCCUCUCAAAAAUAUCUUCGUUUCUGUCAAGAUUUACGUAAAGGUAGCCUCACAGAAAUGGAGGUCAAUGGUAAUAAUGGACCUCCGUCAGGUAGCAGUGCUGGGUCAGACUUUGUCAUCCUGUCCAGAGUGACCAGCCCAUCCAACCGCGGGGACAGUCCAGUUAAUUUAGAGCACUUGACAUUCUCUCUCCAAUCCCUGGCCAGUGAAUUGACCCAAGAGGAGACCUUGGCAAGAAUGAAAGACUUGAUGCAGGAGAAUCAGGAAUUGAAAAGCACUGUGAUGCAAAAUACUGAGGCUAUGAGAAGCCAGCGUUCUAUUAUAGAGGAGUGGAAGAAAAAGAUUGAAGCUUCUCAACAAGAAACUAGAAACAGGUAUAAUGAUGCUAGGAGGGUGGUGACAAAUUUACGACAACAGAGAGAUGAGGCACAGAAGAAAAUACUUGCACUGGAGGCUCAGAUACGAGAAGGAGUCGCAGGGACAACAGGGACAGACAUGUUACAACUUCAGCAUAAGAUUGAGGAGCUGGAGCAGACCAACCAGAAGCUGAUAAAGAAUGCUGAUGACUCCAAUAACCUGAUUGAAGCCUUAAAUGCAGAGAUACAGAAUUUGAAGAAAACACAUCCCAGUUCUGCUGGAGGAGAGUCGUACCCAAGUGAUGGCAGCCCCUCACAGAAAGCGGAACUCCAUGUGAUCAAAGUGAAGCAGGAGGCAGCAGAGACCCAAGCCAAGGAAUAUCAGAGCCAGGUUCAGCAACUACAGGAGCAACUCCAAACUUUCAAACAAGAAAUAGAAGACCUCACUGAAGAAAAGCAGAGAAUGGCUCAGAAGAGGGCAGAGAUAGGGGAAGCCAUGACCAAAAUGGAGACGCAGAACAAGGACUUGAAAGCAAAAUUGGAUGAGUCAUCCACAGAGCUGUCAAAGAUAAGGGAAAUGCAGCAGAGGCUUUUGCUGGAGAAGAAGGACCUGCUUACUAUGAACACCCAGCUGCAGGCGGAGUUAUCAGAACUUAAACAGAACAUCAUGGCCCAAAGCACAGGCACUGACGAUUUUGCAAUCGUGGAUAAGAAGGAAUGCCACCUAGAUCAAAACAUGGCAGCCAGUGACAGAGAAGCUGUGGAGGUGGAGAGCACACAGCAGCAAGGUCAAGGUCAUGCACAGGUCGUGUCAAGGCCAGGUCAAGGUCAGGCUGAAGAAGGGUCAAGGCUCUUGUCAGGUGACAGUGCAGUUGAGUCUGGUGAAAUGAACAAGCUGCUGGAAGAAUUAGAGGAGGAGAGGCAGAAAGUGACAAGUUUGUCUGCACAGUUACAGGAGACACAGGCUAAGAUUGAAAGCUUAAGUCAAGAUUUACAAGACAAGGAAAAAGAAUUGUCCGAUAGUGCAACAAACACAGACCGUAGAGUGAGGCAGCUUACAGAAGAACACAACAAGCAAGUCAAGGAACUGAUGACUAGGAUUGAGAGUAUGAGUAUGGAGCUUCAGCAGCGCAAGGACCGGAAUCCUGAGGAAGGGAUCCAGCCGUUAAGAGCCCAGCUGAUGUCGGUGCUUAAUGAGCUCCAGGAGACGCAGCAGCGAUGCAAUAGUUUUGAACAACGGUUUUUAACCACAAAUGAGAAAUUGGAGGCAGCGAUGACGAAUUUGGAAAAAGAGAGGGGCAGAUACAGAGAGGCCGAUAUAAAACUGAAGAAGCUGCGUGCAGAUGUGGAUGAUCAGCGGACCAAGGAUGACACAGUGAUUGACCAGAUGCGAAUCACUAUCACAAACCUUGAACUUGCACUUAAUAUGGAGAGACAGGAGGGACAUACAGCCAAGCAGCAGCUGGCCGAGAUGAGACAUAACUUUGACCAGCUCUGCAAGGAUUACCAUGACUUGCUGGGGACAUUUGAUGAUUAUAAAGCUGGGCAGGAAGCCAAAAAUAGCGCCCUGUCCCCAGAGAUGCAGAAAGAAAACAUGAGCUUGAAAAUCGACGUGGACAACCUAACAGCUCAAUUGAUAGCAGCAGAGGAGUCCUUGGACAACAAGAGAAAUGAGAUAGAUGGUCUCAGACAGCAGAUUGGUCAGUUGCAGACAGCGGUAGAGGCGAUUCCAGUUUGGAAAGCGCAGGCAGAAGUUUAUAAAAAGGACUUUGAGGCUGAAAGGGCAUCCAGGGAACAGCAAAACGAGGAGAAAGAGAAGCUGAGGGAGGAGUUAAACCAGCAACAAAUCCAGAACCAGCAGCUUUUAGAUGAACUGGAAACCUUCAACAGAAGACAACUGGAAAGUUUUUCAGAGAGAUACAGACACCAGCCAUACAUUCCAGGAGUAAACAGACCGCCUUCAAACUACACCCCACCACAGCUCCCACCCAAUCAGUAUCCAGGGCAACAGUAUCCAAGGCAACAGUAUCCAGGGCAACAGUAUCCAGGGCAACAUGUGCAGGCGCCACCACACAUGCCCUAUGGCUCCCCCUAUUUUAGACAGAAUUACCUAAACCCUGAUGUUCAAGGGGAGCAAAGUGCAAACGAAGGUGGUCCACGCAGUGGAGAUUCUGAUCAGUGGGCUGGAAGUGGAAGAAGAAGCACCAGCACGGAGGAACAGGAGUUUGUUUGCCCCAAGUGCCAGGACAAUUUCCCUGACUUAGACAGCUUACAGAUACAUGUAACAGAAUGCUUAGACCAAGAUUAGACAGCUUACAGAUACAUGUAACAGAAUGCUUAGACCAAGAUUAGACAGCUUACAGAUACAUGUAACAGAAUGCCUAGACCAGGAUAAGACCAUCUUCCAGAAAGUGGCUUAAGACCUUUACAGAGCAUAUAAUUAUGAACAAUUGUGCACACUUGCCCUUUGAUGAAUAAGAAACUGGUGAUAUAUAUAAUCUUAAAUUUUUCUUUGUCUUUAGCUUGGAUGAAUAACACAAAUUUAUUUGUCCGUGUUUGACCCAUAGAUUAAACAUCUGGUGAUAAAAAUGAUUUUAACAAUUAACUCCAGAUUUACACAAACUCCACUGCAAACAGUGAAUCUUGCAGUAGAUGGGCUACAUUUUAAAUAUAUAUAAUUGAAUUUAUUA